AUGAGCGGGAAAAAAAGUACGUUAGGCGACUGCCGAUUUUACGAGCAGAAGUUCCCCAGCCCAGGGGACUUGCUCAUGGUAAAGGUUAACCGUAUAGAAGCACAGGGGGUUUACGUCUCAUUAUUAGAGUAUGACGAUCGUGAAGGUCUGAUUCUGUUGAGUGAGCUUUCGAAGCGUCGUUACAGGAGUAUCAAUAAGCUCGUGAAAGUAGGACGCCAUGAAGUGGUAUUGGUACUUCGUGUUGAUCCUGUGAAGGGUUAUAUCGACCUUUCUAAGCGUCGUGUAUCUCCUGAAGAUAUUAUGAAAUGCGAGGAGAAGUUUUCCAAGGCAAAGAAAGUACACCAGACGGUUCGACACAUUGCUCAAAAACACAACAUACCCGUUGAGGAGCUGAACCGUAUCUGCAUAUGGCCACUUUACCAGCGUUACACCAAUGCACUCGAUGCGCUCAAAGAAGCGGCAAUCAACAACGGCAACAUAUUCAAGGACCUGCCUAUCGCCCCCGAGGUUAUCGACUCUCUUAUUGCGGAUAUACAAUUAAGGUUGACCCCGCAGGCACUGACUUUGAGGUGCAUGAUUGAUGUUUGGUGUUUCGGCCCCGAUGGUAUCGACGCGGUGAAAAAUGCACUAAGAGCGGCAAAAGGUACCGAGGAUAUCAAAAUACAGGUAAAGCUCAUCGCACCGCCUCAAUAUGAGGUAAUGACCAGUUGCCAUGACAAGGAAAAGGGCAUGGAUAUCAUUACUACAGCACUCGAAGAGAUUUCUAAUGUAAUCCACUCAUACCCUGGCGGUGAAUUCAAACAACGUGGUGAUAUCACUGUUAUGGGUGACGAGGACGAACGUCACUUGGAAACGUUGUUAGAUGCCCAAGAGAGCAGUGAUGAUGAAGAAGAACUAAAUUCUGAUGACAGUGAAGAGGAGGAUGAGGGUAUGGGUCGUGUGGACGAAUCCAUGUUACCUCGAGACGCCGUCAAUCCUGACGAUGACUCAGACUCUGAUUGA